AUGGUCGACUACUCCAAAAAGACGGUGGUUGAGCUGGUGGAGAUCCUGAAAUCGCGAAGCCUUCCACACUCAGGGAAGAAGGCAGACCUUGUUGCGAGGCUGAAUGAAGCAGACGCGGAGGCCCGAGAAAACGAAACCGAGAAGGCGCCCCCAGCAGAAUCCACCACCGCGCAACCCGCACAAGCACCGGAGCCCUCAGCAGCACCGGCACCAGAAACUACGUCUGAGGCACCUGCCGCCGCAGAACCCCCAGCGGCACCUGCGAGCGUCGACGAGAAAGAGUCCCCCUCCGCGAACACCGACACUGCCCUUGCCAAUUCUGCCUCGUACGCGCUGAACUUACCACAAUCAGACGUGGACUCUGAGAUGGCCAAGCGCAAGGCCCGCGCCGAAAGAUUCGGGACCAGUGCAGCCCCUGCGAAUGGCGAAACAGGGACAGGAACCACAGACGACGAUGCGCAGAAAGCUUUGGAGCGCGCGAGACGCUUUGGGACAGGUCAGACCGCUGUGGGAAAGCUGGACGAAGCCCUACCGGAAGAGCGUGAGCGCGGUCCAAGAAAACGAGGCAGAACUGAAGAGAGCGGCGCCAUGGAUGAUACUGGUCUGAGAAGGACCUUCGGGGGUCGAGGCGGGCGAGGCCAUGGUGGACGAUUCCGCGGAAGAGGCGGCAGGGACAACUCGCGGCGGAGAACGGGAGAGAAGCCUUCUGGGGUCAGCAAGCCCGGAGGGGCGUUCUCUACAGACGCGGACCGUGCAGCUGCCGAGGCGAGGAGAAAGAAGUUCGCCACAUCGUCGUGA